GGCAAGAGACGUGCAGGGGGGUAAUUGAACGGACCGUUUUCUGGCGAGAAAAAAAAAAAAAGCAAGUACACUUGUUAUCUUGUGAACUCUCAACAUAUAAGAUAGGGAUCUAGUGAACGUCAGCAUGAAAGAUGGAAUUAACAAGAGAUCUUUUUAUUGUCCUGGAAGGUCAUUAGGCUGCCAAUUGGGUAAUUAUGGAAAUGCUCUGAAUGUUUUCCCCCUUCCGUUAUAGGAUCUGAGACCCUUCAAUCAGCUCGUCUCGUGGGAAAGUUCAGCCAUAACUGCAAGUGUACCAGCAAAAUCAAAUUAGCCAAAGAUAUUUCAUUAGUAUUUAUAGCCGGAGGCAUUUGUUGAAGAGAGAAGUUGUGAGACUCGAAUGGAAGAAUUAUUAGCUGAUGACAAGGGCCAUAGCCCACCUAAGACAUAAACUUGAGUGGACUUAAUGAAUUGAAGCCAUUGAUUGUAUCGACUCUCUCUUUAUUCGUGUUGGAGACACAGUGUUCGGUGAACAUCAUAAUACACGACAACCAUGCGGUUUGCAACCCAUUUUAAUAAUUCGUCAAUCUGGAAAUGAUACAAUUCACGAUGUCAUCAAAAUAAAAAAUAAAAAAUAGCCAUGUUUGUGAGAACGACAUCAAGACGACAUUCGUUUUAAGGAAAUGUACCAAAUUGAGCGCGUGUACAUUUACAAACGAAUGAACAGGAAUACAUUAUUUUACAAAAUACAAAUUUGACUGAAAAUAAAAGAUAAAUCCAAACCGGUGGAAAAGUGACGUCCUGCGGUGAUGAGUUCAUCGCACAUUUUAUUUGACUUCAAUCUGAGUUAAACGGAAUAGUGGCCGAAUUAAUGGCCUGAUUGUAAACGGUUUACGGUAUUCCGAAUAAAUAAUGUGACGAUUUGAUCAUGUUUACUAGAAAUGGAGAAGGCGGUAGAAAGUGAGUGCAGCGAUAACGUGUGACUUCGAUGCAGCCGGUUGUGUCAAAUAAUCGCGAGAUUAUAAGAGCGCGGAGCAGUGAGUGCUGAAAGAGUCCCGUGUGGCAGCGCACUCAAUAACUCGCUCGUUUCACCGCAGAUUCGGACUGAAUAACAAGCAUUAAGGUAAUUAACUCUACAGCUACAACGGGUAAAGUGAGUAAAGCGUCACUACUGGUAAACCUGACUGAAAUCAGAGGUUAGGAAGAUAACGUGUAGGCCUAUAACAAAUGCGUUUAACACGUAUCCUAUAUAAAUAAAUCUGAUCAAAGACCAGUUGUUUACACGGCCUAUAACCUUAUAUUAUAUUUCAUAAUUAAUCUUAGUAAUUUAAAUGUCUCGUAUAUGGGGAUGAAACUCAUUUUAAACCCUUUACGUUGACGUUAAACCCCUAGCUAGGCGUUAUAUCUACCCCAUAUAAAAAGAUAGCGUCAGUGUAUCCAUGGCGACUGAGAACGCGUAAGGCGCAUCCUGUUUAAUGUUCCCUCAGCAGAACGCUUCUUAUCAAAAGAAUCUAGACGUGUAUAAAAGAGAUGCUGGAUGAACUUGCAUUACGCAGGAAGUUCGUGUUAGUAAGUUAAGACAAAACCCAAAUAACACCCUCUCGUCGUGAUAAUGUGCUACUUCAGUCUUCAUCUAAAUAACAAUUGAACGUACAAACCGAGUAACAUCACACAUGCUUAACUACGCGCUUUGGCAUGUUAAUCUGGCUGGAGGCGUCGUUUUUGCACCCGUCCUCGACAUCGUGGACCACAUACAACCACAUCAAACAUAAGGCAAUAUUAAAAGAGCAUUUCGUAAAGUGAGAUUAAAUAUAUGCUACGUUCACAAAGGUUUCAUUCUUGAAUGCACAGCCAAUGCUUGAUUAUUAAAUGCUUCGUACCAAUAUGAAGCCACGAACUAGCAGAAAUGUAAGGUUUUAUUCCAGUUGGGUCUUUUUUUUAACAAUUAAUUCAUCGGUUAGGUUUGAGAAGAUGAGUUAGCAUUUUGUGGCAGUUACUUACGUGCAGGUUAAUUCUGCUUCCAGCUAUACGGAAAGAGAAAAAUCACAGCACAAAAAAAAAACAAGCAUUAUUCAUUACAGGAUACAUUCAUUGAGACAUUUGACAGAGCUCUGUGCUUUGUGUGGGAAAUGCAUUUAAAAGAGAAAAUGAAACAUUUUGCAUGACACAGUUCACACAGCAACUCUGUGUAAAAUGCAAACAGAUCGUGAAUAUAAAAUAAUAACAAUAAUCGCACGUUCAUUUUCAAAAGCACAGCCCUCCUUUUUUAUUCGGGGGUGAUGUCUUAAAUCAGGUAUUCGUUUAUUAUUUUUCCAACACUGUUUUGAUACCGUUGUCGUGCGCUAUUUUGUAUGGGCCUACCUGCGGAAUUAUGUUAUGUUCAACCGAGUUUGCGGAGCGUAACGCUGAUUUUCUGCUUUGGCUGUAAUGGUACGAGCCUGCAGGAUGAUACUACAAAGGGGACUGUUAAAAAUGAGCUGGAUCAUAUUGUUUGACAGAAAGUUGCAGGUUGAUAGAGUGGAUUCUUCAAGAGGGUGAAAAUGGUGAAUUCAGAGAGAAAAACGGAGAUCCUGCCUUCUGGUGGGUAUAGCCUUGGGGAAUCACGGUGUCGACCGUAGAAAAUCCAAUUAAGGAUUGCAUUUAAAUGAAAAGUCAUUUUUUAACCAGAGUGUGACGUGGACACUUCCCUUUCUAGAUGAGAGGAACGGUUUUCCCGCAAAUGGCUCCUUUUUAUUAAAUCUGACGUGCUGAUAAUGCGGAGUUGAUGUAAAAUAAUUGGCACAAUAACCGUAAUUAAAAGCGCGCUAACAAAGCCAUUCAUUUAUCACAGUUGCACGAGCUUGCCCCCCAACCCUGCUUACAUAAUAAAAACGACUCGUUUCUACAAGACCGAUUUCGCAAAAGAUGCGACGCUUGCGAAAUAUAUUCGAUCGCAACGAAGGGCAGACUCUUUAAUACCGAUAUAGAAAUAUGCAUCACGGUUAACGGUUUGCUGAGGGGCUGUCGAUUCGGAUAAAGCACGACUCUAGUGCUGAUGACAGACGUCUUACACACAAAAAAAAAAAAAAAAAAAAAAAACAAGAAAAAACUAAAAGGAUUAAAAACAAUAUUAACGAGAAAUUAAUAACAUAUUGCGAAGGCCCAUUCAUUAACGUGUUGGGUGGCCUAUCUGUUUUAUCGAAGUCCGUGCAGCUUUAAUAUACCCUUCAAAUGCAAAGCAUCCUCCUAUUCAAGUUCAGUUUUCAUCUGGGUUGCAUCCUUUCUUCUGCAAGACCCCCUCUUCCCCUGAAUGGACACAUUUCCCAUUACGCCCUUCAAUUUUCCCUUCUAUCUCUUUUAUUUCAGCGAUUUAAUUAGGCAUAAAUUCGAUCCUGCUUUGCUAUUUGUGAGCUAUUUGUUUCUGACCUUGCUGGGUAAUCACAUUCAGCCACUGUAUCCGCACCGUCACCUGCUAUGCCUGCGUCCCCUAAUAGGUUCAUGCUGGAAAGAGUUAGCUUAUUAUUCUAAAAGGUUUUGUCGGGUUAAGCCGUGCAUGUGUGCUUAAAUGUACAUUUCAUUAACAAACUGCGAAGGUAUAAAGCCGGAUUUAUGGAGCUUCAAAAGAUCACAGAGAGGACGAAUUUGAUCUCAUUUUGGGCGAUAUCACCCGCGAUGUCUUUCAGCGCGCACUGACUCGAGAUAUAUGGUCUUUUACAUUUUAAGCCCCUGACAAAACCCUCCAUCAUUCUGCAACACGCAGCGCCAAAACGCACGCGAAUAACCCGCCUGCGCGCGUGCGUUUGUAUUUAUAAUUAAACAACGGCACGACCUAAAGCAAUAAACCAGCACACGUUUGGAGGCUGCGGAAAUAUCGUUCGAGUAGACUCCUAUAACGCUCCUAAAGAAUAUCUACUGGAGUAACAAAGACGCGUAGAAAUUAUUAAACGAAUGCGCGCGUUGGGCAGAAAAUAUUUUCGAAAGUAAAUAUUUACUUUAGGCGGCGUUAAAGGCGCUUCGACUUCAUCCUCUAAGUGGCCCGUAUUGAUAAACGGGACAUCACACGGGGCCACAGUCUGCUUGAACUAUUCAAUACCAUUAAUAGCAACGUGGUUCAAUUAAUCUCAUCCACGCAAAAACAGCUUCAAAGAUGUAGCGCGAGCAAGCGUUCCUCGGAGAAUUGUUAGGACGGUGAGCAGGCUAAAGGUAAAGGUCGAGGUGAAAGGUGGUGGCCUAUUUGCAGAUUAAAUGUCAUGCAACAAAAACAAGCGCGCUGAAAAUAUUACGCAACCCCUAUUUAAUGAACUUCCUAAAUAUGCUUAGCGCCAAAAAAAAAAACAGUAUAGAUUCGUGCCAAGGUAAUAAUAAAAUAAUGCAUCAUUAUUAACAAUAAUUGACUAUUCGGUUUUAGCAUUAAGCUAGAAAUAAAUUCGGCUAUUUUGAAAGCAGCGCUGCAAGACCGGCACCGAAACAGGGAGACGAGCGAUCCGCCGAAGAAAUAUCGAGCUUAAUUUGCUUUCGCGCGUUUCUCCGCCACGAAACCGACGCAGCCUAUUUUGUAAGCUCUAAUAGAAAGGUGCUGAGAAUAAUUGAUCCGAGCGUCAAUUACACCAGCCUUUAUUUUCAUUACAGCCGGGCAGAUAUUCCUAGCCGUGGAUCGAUAGUACGUUAUAUUACUUGUGGUUAAAUAAGAUUUUUUUUUUUCCUGUGCAUCGACAAAAACGAGACAAUCGCAUCAGCGUUUAAUCUCUCGAAUAUACAAGAAACGAGAGCAUCCGAGCACAAAUAGAACGGCAUUAAAGCUUGCGGUUCCCGUGAAGCGUUUUCUCACACGAUCCAGGAAACGUUAGGAGUUUACAUAUUCCCUCUCCGCUUUCUUUUUCUUGGGAAUAUCCCACAUGCGUCGCUCACCUGCGCGCGUGUGAAUGGCUCGUACGCAUUCACCCGCGCGCUCAUUUCCUACUUAAUUCAUAUGUUAACGCGAGCAAUGAUGAGGGUCGUUAGCACCUCUGCAAAGAUCUUUAUUUAGAGAUUUCCAUUGUUUUUGUACUUAUUUCACACGUAACGAAAUCGGUCCCGCUACGACUACAGAAACGGGCUACCAAAUCGCGUUUUUUUUUGUUUGUUUUUUCUCCCCACUCAGUUCUCAAUACCAAACGGGUUUCGUCGUCUUCGCCCGGUCAUGCAGCAUUCGAGCACACAAUACAAAUGACAAGAGAUUCGUUUAACUUAGCUGUAGACGUUUUCGUUCAGCAGCUUUCAAUAUAAUUGGCCUAAGAAAAGUUAAGUUUGCGUUUGGCGCGGGCGAGUGAACGCGCGUCAGCUCUGGAGAUGAUUUCAAUCAGGCGGGCCGAUUUUCUCCCCUCCGCCGCCGCUAAAUGGUCUAUGACGGACGAACAGAGGCGAUGUUACUGUUGUUCCCUUUGUUGACAAAUCCAUGAAACAACUUCAGCUCGGCGGUAUAACAGCGCGACCUCUGACGUCGGCGGGUCACGUGACGCGGCUGAUAGUAUAUCUUUAAGUGAAAAGUAAUCUAUCAGACAGUCCUUAAAGCCCGCUUUUCAAAGCACGUGUCAUCUCGACUCCUCGGUCCAAAAGCGCGCUUGAGUUUCGAGGAAAUACAGCGGGAAGGAGGCGAGGUGCGAAGCAGCCUUUGGAGACUGGAGAAAUAUUUUGUGAAGUUGAAGUUUUCCUGGCAGGCCGGGACCGACCUGCAUUUAUAGCCACCGGUCGUCAUCUGAUCUGGCCGCUGCUCUUACCUUGGUUUGCUCCAGCGGUAAAGUGAGCGGUGAUGACCCUGUCUGGAGGCACCAGCGCCAGCAACAUGUCCGGUCAGACCGUGCUCACAGCUGACGAUGUGGAUAUCGACGUGGUCGGGGAGGGCGACGAGGGGAUGGAGCGGGACAGCGACUGCGAGAGCCAGUGCAUGCAGGACCGGGGAGAUGAGGUGGAGGAGAUCGAGGUGAAGGAGCACAGCGACAGCCCGUGCGAGAGCGCCGGCGAGGGGGAGUCAAAGGGGGACGCUCAGGAGAGCUCCACCGGCUCCAUGCAAAGCAAGCCCAAGAACAGCCUGGUGAAGCCGCCCUACUCCUACAUCGCCCUCAUCACCAUGGCCAUCCUCCAGAGCCCGCAGAAGAAGCUGACUCUCAGCGGAAUCUGCGAGUUCAUCAGCAACCGCUUCCCGUACUACCGAGAGAAGUUCCCGGCCUGGCAAAACUCCAUUCGCCACAACUUGUCCCUCAACGACUGCUUUGUCAAGAUCCCACGGGAACCGGGCAACCCGGGCAAGGGCAACUACUGGACCCUCGACCCCCAGUCGGAAGAUAUGUUCGACAACGGCAGCUUUCUGAGGAGGAGGAAACGCUUCAAGAGACACCAGCCGGACAUUCUCAGGGACCAGACCGCCCUCAUGAUGCAGAGCUUUGGGGCGUACAGCAUUGGGAAUCCCUACGGACGCCACUACGGAAUUCACCCUGCCGCUUACACGCACCCCGCCGCCGCUUUGCAGUACCCGUACAUUCCCCCGGUGGGUCCGAUGCUGCCUCCCGCGGUGCCUCUCCUGCCCUCCGCGGAACUGAACAGAAAAGCAUUUAACUCUCAACUGAGCCCGAGUCUCCAGCUGCAGCUGAACAGCCUGAGCACGGCGUCAAUCAUCAAAUCCGAGCCGUCCAGUCGGCCGUCGUUCAGCAUAGAGAACAUUAUCGGGGUCUCCAGUAGCUCCACGAGCGCGCAGACUUUCCUGCGGCCGCCCGUGACGGUGCAGUCCGCCUUACUGAGCGCGCAGUCCCUGUCCCUGUCCCGGACGUCAGCCGCCAUCGCGCCCAUUCUCAGCGUCCCGUCAAAUAUCAUCUCCGGACAAUUUUUACCGACAGCGUCCACGGCGGCGGUGUCUAAAUGGCCUUCUCAAUGAUAAUCAAACUAUUUUUUUUAGACAUAUAUAUUUUAAAGACGAUACAGCACGAACUAUAGGCAGCACUGGACGAUCCGUCCGCCCCAAUGUAGCCAUGUAAAGACUUUUGAAAAAAAAAAAAAAGAAAAUUCAUAAUCAAAAAGGAAUGCUUUCAGUACAGGUAAUGUUUGUAAAUAUUUGUACAAAGAAAUUAAUUUACAUGUUUUUCUUUCCUGUUUCAUUUCGUUGUUUAAACUGAUAGCUGAGUGAGCCUUACUUUCCCGUAAUAUUUUGUUUUUAUUCUCAAAGAAUUGAUUUCGAGAAGAAUGUUUUUUUCCCCCCUUUGUUUUCCAAUAUGAAAUAUUAAACUGUUCUUAUUGAAAGACUGAAGAAGUAUGUUUAUAAAAUUUAAAUAUAUGUAUUCUAUGUAGCUAUAUUGUGUUGUAAAUCAACUUCAUUUGUUAAUAAAUAUGAAAACAA